AAAAGUACUGGAUUGAAAAGUUACAUGACCACUAAGGACAUAGUAUAUUUGAUUUCAGUAAUAAGUUUGAUAUGAACUCUUAAGAUACCUUUUUGGACAAAAUGAAAAAAAUUCUACUUAGCUGACUGUUUUCAAAUAAUUCCUACUAAAGAAUAAAUUUCAAUCUGAAGGACAGGGUCUAGUAGAUGUCUCUGGUUUUUCUUAUUUAUUGAUUUGAAUAAGGAUAGAAUCUACAGACACUGGGGAAAUGAUUAGAAGGAGCAAUCCUAGAGACUCACUCACAUAGGGUUAGAAAUAGUUCAUGUUUCCAUCAGCCAGAGUGAAGAGCUCAUGAACCACAGAGCAUCAGGUUUCGAUUUGGAUUUUGCCUCAAGAGUGGGAAUAAAUGCUGCUCUGGUCCCACCUAUCAGCAUAACCCUUUCAGGUCUUGCUUUUAAUCUCUGAGAUGAAAAAUACACUGGAUGGAAUUCACAGUAGAUUAGACAUUGCAAAAUCAAAGAUUAGUGAACUUGAAGACAUAACAAUAUAAUUUACCCAAAAGGAAACAUUUUAAAAGCCUGAAAAAAAUAUAUACAAACAAACCAUCUGCAAACCGUGGACAAUAUCAAAUAGCCUAAUAUAUAUUUAUUUGGAAUCUCCAAAGGAUGUAAGACAGAAAAAAAUCUUUGAAUAGAUAAUUGCCAAACAUUUUCCAAAUAUUAUGAAAGCUGUAAACUCACAGAUUUAAGAAAUUCAACUAACACCAAGCACAAAAAGAAAAAAGAACAAAAUAUGUUAGAAGGAAGAAACGAUUUUAAGAAAUUGCUUAAAACUGGUGGUAAAGAGAAAAUCUUAAUAGCCGUUAGAGAGGAAAGACACAACACAUACAAAAGAACGAUAAAUAUGACAAAAAAUUUUUUGUUGGAAACAAUGCAAACUAGAUGACAGUGGAACAACGUCUUUAUAAAAGCACUAAAAUAAACAAAAGGUAAACAAUGACAGUGACAACAACAAAAAACCUCUGUCAACCUAUAGUUCUACACUCAAGAGAAAUAUCUUUCAAAAACAAAGGCAAAAUAAAACCUUUUUCAGAUACAAAAUCCCUGAAAGAAUUCAUCCAGCAAAUCUGCACUAGAAGAGGUGUUAAAGGAAGUACUUCAGGCCGGAGAAUAAUACUAGAUGAAAAUCUGGAGUUUCCAAGGAAAAAUGGAGACCAGUGGCCUCGUGUCUAUAACCUUCUAUUAGGUCCCAAGAAAAGAGGCAAAGCAAGUUCUGUGAAUAAUCCCUACCCAUAAGGAAUUUACAAUCUCAUGAGCAACACUGGAUAAAAUCACAUGAAAUAGAUUUCAAGGAAGAAAACCAGUAGACCGUGAAAAUGACUACAAGCUGCACACCCAUAAAUAGCCUAAGGGUUACCUGGAUGUUGGGUAUACAGCAUGGACAGAACUGUGGGGAAGCCAGUGAAAGUUUCAUGAAAGAGGAUUCACUGGAUUCUAAAAGAAAAGUAGUUUUGCACAGAUAAAAAGCCAGUGAUGUCAUCUUUGGAAGACUGAGAGAGUAACUCUUCUCCGUAAUUUAACAACACUGAGAAAAGGUACAGCAGGCACCUUGGAAGGAGCCAAGGGAUCCAAGCACUUUGUUAUUCCAAAGGCUUCCAGAAACCAGAUUUCAACUCUCUGGACAAAUAGGCAUUAAAGGGCUGCAGCAAACUAUACACAUGCUUUGACAUUGUAAACCACAGACGAAUUGGAGCCUCGCAUUGAAAAGAGGUGUUGUGCAACGAAUUUUUUCUUGUCUAAAGAAGUUUACUUUUGCAAGAGGGAAUCUGAAAGAUGACAGGGGCAAAGAGGAAAAAGAAAAACGUGCUCUGGAGCAAGAUGCAUACCCCUCAUUGGGAAGACUUCAAACAGUGGUGUAGAAAACGACUACCUAUUUUGGAAUGGGCACCACAUUACAAUCUGAAAGAAAACUUGCUUCCAGACACCGUGUCUGGGAUAAUGUUGGCCGUUCAACAGGUGACACAAGGGUUGGCCUUUGCUAUUCUCUCAUCUGUGCACCCAGUCUUUGGUUUAUAUGGGUCUCUGUUUCCUGCCAUCAUUUACGCCAUGUUUGGAAUGGGACAUCAUGUUGCCACAGGCACCUUUGCCUUGACAUCCUUAAUAUCAGCCAAUGCAGUGGAACGGCUUGUCCCUCUGAGCGUCCAGAAUCUCACCACACAGAGUAACACAAGUGUGCUGGGCUUGUCUGACUUUGAGAUGCAAAGGAUUGGUGUUGCUGCAGCCGUUUCCUUCUUGGGAGGUGUGAUUCAGGUGGCCAUGUUUGUGCUACAACUGGGCAGUGCCACAUUCCUGCUCACGGAGCCUGUGAUCAGUGCAAUGACAACUGGGGCUGCCACCCAUGUUGUGACUUCACAAGUCAAGUAUCUCUUGGGAAUGAAAAUCCCAUAUAUAUCUGGACCACUCACAUUCUUUUACAUCUAUGCAUAUGUCUUUGAGAACAUCAAGUCUGUCCGACUGGAGGCACUGCUCUUAUCCUUGUUGAGCAUCACGGUGCUUGUUCUGGUUAAAGAGCUGAAUGAACAGUUUAAAAGGAAAAUUAAAGUUGUUCUUCCUGUCGAUUUAGUUUUGAUUAUUGCCUCAUCAUUUGCUUGUUAUUGUACCAGUAUGGAAAAAACAUAUGGAUUAGAAGUAGUUGGUCAUAUUCCAAAAGGAAUUCCUCCACCUAGAGCUCCUCCAAUGCAUGUCCUCUCUGCAGUAAUCACUGAAGCUUUUGGAGUGGCACUUGUAGGAUAUGUGGCCUCACUGGCUCUUGCUCAAGGAUCUGCUAAAAAAUUCAAAUAUUCAGUUGAUGACAACCAGGAGCUUUUGGCCCAUGGCCUCAGCAAUGUGAUUCCUUCAUUUUUCUUCUGCAUACCAAGUGCUGCUGCCAUGGGAAGGACUGCUGUCCUCUACAGCACCAGAGCGAAGACACAGGUGGCUUGUCUAAUAUCUUGCAUUUUUGUCCUGUUAGUCAUCUAUGCAAUAGGACCUUUGCUUUACUGGCUGCCCAUGUGUGUUCUUGCAAGUAUUAUUGUCGUGGGACUGAAGGGAAUGCUAAUACAGUUUCGUGAUUUAAAAAAAUAUUGGAAUGUGGAUAAAAUCGAUUGGGGCAUAUGGGUCAGUACCUAUGUAUUUACAAUAUGUUUUGCUGCCAAUGUGGGGCUGCUGUUUGGUGUUGUCUGUACCAUAGCUAUCGUGAUUGCUCGCUUCCCAAGAGCAAAGACUCUGAGUAUAAAAAACAUAAAAGAAAUGGAAUUUAAAGUGAAGACAGAAGUGGAUGGCGAAACCCUGAAGCAGGUGAAAAUUGUCUCAAUAAACAACCCACUUGUUUUCCUGAAUGUGAAGAAGUUUCACACUGAUCUAAUAAACAUAAUCCAAAAGGAAAAUGCCAGCAACCUGCUACUGGAUGAUAUCAGCAAGUGUGAACAAAACACCUUGCUCAGUCCUCUAUCCAAUGGCAACUGCAGUGAAGAAGCUUCACAGCCCUGCCAGAAUGAGAAGUGUUCUUUAAUCCUGGAUUGCAGUGGGUUGACCUUUUUUGACUAUUCUGGAGUCUCCAUGCUUGUUGAGGUUUACAUGGACUGUAAGAACCAGAGUGUGGAUGUAUCUUUGGCCCAUUGCACAGCUUCCUUGAUAAAAGCAAUGAAGUACCAUGGAAACCUAGACUCAGAGAAACCAAUUUUUUUUGAAUCCGUAUCUGCUGCAAUAAGUAACAUCCAUUCAAAUAAGAAUUUGAGCAAACUCAGUGACCACAGUGAAGUCUGAGAUGCUUUUGUGGCAGCACAGCUCUUAUCUCAAGCAACUGCCGUGAAGAGGCCACACACUAGCAUUUUGCACACCCUUAUUUGCUGUUUAGAUUCUACAGAUGACCUCCACCACAAGUAUGAUGCGACUUCGUAACCACAUAUCUGCUGGUCAAGAUUUGCCAACAAUU